AUGUCGGUCGACGUGGCAAUGCAGUCGAGUGGGAAGACCGUUGCGACUAGUGUCUACUCCAUAAUGCAACCCCUUGGGGGCCGCCAGGAUCCAGGCAGCAGCUGCCAGGAUGACCCGUUUGGAUGCGUGGUGGUCGUUUCCGGAGAGACCGCCAGAAGAGCCAGGCUGGGGGCGGCGGCGAUGAAGCCAGGGCACAAACUGGACCGGGAGAAUAUUACCGACGGCGAGAGGGAAGCAGGAGCUUACGAACAGGCGGUGGUCCAGGAAACCCGGACUGGCAUGACAUGGCGUCUGUCUAAUUCUUCUAGUGGCUGCAGCUAG